CGCGUUCCAAAGCAGCACCAAGAUUGAAGCAUUGCGCGAGGAGGUGGACACGAUGACGCAGAGGGAUCCGGGCGCCAAGGCGCUCGUGUUCAGCCAGUUCACGUCCAUGCUCGACCUCAUUGCAUACCGCCUGCACCAGGUGGGCAUCCGCUGUGUGAAGCUGGACGGCAGCAUGACCAUGGACGCGCGGGAUCGAAUCAUCUCCACCUUCACUCGUGACGCUGACUGCCGGGUGUUCCUGAUGAGUCUCAAGGCCGGAGGGGUGGCGCUCAACCUCACUGUGGCUUCGCAUGUCUUUCUCAUGGACCCCUGGUGGAACCCAGCAGUGGAGCAGCAAGCGCAGGACAGAAUUCACAGGCUCGGGCAGUUCAAACCUGUCAGGGUGACUCGUUUUGUGAUAGCGGGAACAAUAGAGGAGCGCAUCAUAAAGCUGCAGGAGAAGAAGCAGCUGGUCUUUGACGGCACGGUGGGAGGGUCGGCAGAGGCAUUGGGUCGACUCACAGAGGACGACCUGCGCUUCCUCUUUGCCAGCUGAUGCUGCUUCGUCAAAUGGGCAAUCCGUGCCCGUGCGGCCUUUCUUCGCAGCCUUUCAUUGCUCGUGGUAUCAGCGUUGGUUCGAGUGAAAGACAUUAUGACACCGGUUCCACUCUUGGCAUUUGCCAGCCCCCAGCCCCCAGCCCCAGCCCCCAGCCCUCCCUGCUCUCCUGCACCCUUGCCUGGAUCGCUGCCAUUCCAAUAACGCCUCCAGUCUAGGUGAAUUCCUCGAUGUACAUAAUGGUAGUCUUGUUUCGUUGCAGUCGUCGUCCGACCGACCCUGUGUU